CUUAAGAGAUUUGUAAUGGAGGGUUAACUCUAAACGCGCAGUGAGGAGUUGACCUUUUUUAGGCGUCAGAAUUUUUCAUCGAUCUAUUUGGACUUCAGUACGUAAUAUUGAAAGAUUGAUCGCGAGCCACAUAAAUUUAUUAGACGGGCCCGCGGGUCGUAUGUUGGCCAUGCCUGUCCUAGAUCCUUUACUGAAUGUUCUGUUUUACGUGGGGAAUCUAGUGUAUAAAUACCGAAAGGUAACUGCUCAGAAUAUCUGAGUGUCUGUUGAUUGCCAUAGAAAUCUGAGCAGUUACCUUUCAGUUAUCAUAGAGGAGGAUAAGAAAAAGCCUUCAGGAUAUAACAAGGCUGUUCGAAAAGACUCUUUUGCUGUACAGAAACCAAAGUCCUCUGUAGAUAGUAAAAAGUCUUUUAAAGGUCUUACACGGAUUUCUUACGGAAUUAAUUAAGAUAUCUUACUUUUCUACACAAAACGUAAAUUCGCUAAGUCUUAAAGGGCCUCCUUCUCUUAAGGUCCCGAAUACGCGCAUUUCUAAUCGAAACUCGAUUUGUCCCUAUUGCCUACCGAUGUUGUAAUUCUUCACCAGCGAAAAAAUGCUAAAUCAUUGGUAUCUCCGCGUCCUUGUCAGUCUAGUUUCUAAUCACGUGAACUCGGUCCUUGGAAAAGGGUAAUUAAAUGCUUUUAACUAGGCUGUUCCAUCGUUAAUGGGACAGUGACGUCAUCUCUACGUCCCACGGAAUCGUUUCCCGCAGCGCUUCGCGAUUGCUUAAAUCCCGAUUCGUGAGCAAUCCGUUUUUUUCGGAGCGGUGGGUGGGCCACUCGCCCGAUUCACGUGCGGACACGUUUUCUUUUUUUUCCCCCUGCGAUCGAUAUCUUGUCGUCUGUGACGCAUUUCUCCGACCUUCCACGCUCCGUUAUCGGAGUGUACAUGCAUUACGGAGAUAAUUACCAGAUACGGGUCGCAUCCCGAGCCGCUACACCGAUGACGUCAGCGGUGUGACGACAAAAGCCGGUUGCUUUAAAAACCUCCGAUGCGCGGGAGAGUGUUUAGUUUUCGUACGGAUACGCGACCGGAUCGUCAGGCAGUGUGAGGAAAUCCAAACGUAAACUUUCAAUGUCUGUGGCUGUUGAUGUGGCAAUGCCAGUCUACAAGGAUGCGGUGGUAAUUGGAAAUGGUCCGUCAGCAAUUACGCUCUCCUACAUGUUGGCUGGAAACUGGCCAUACUAUAAUGGAUCUUCUCACCCUGUUGACUUUUUACAUUACAGACUACAAGACAACAUUGACAAAUCUCUUGUUGAACAGGAUUUACGAUAUUUAAGUGAAGGGCUAGAAGGCCGUUCUAACAAUCCGGUCUCUCUGUUGUUCGACGUUCUCAACCAUCCGGAAGCCGACCUGGGAGUGGACAAUCCUUCCCUUCUCUCCUGGUGUCACGAACCGUGGCGAGAAAUAGAUCACGUUGUCUUGGGCAAGGGACUGCCGGGUGGAGCGUGGCACAAGAUGGAAGGUAGCAUUUUAACUAUUAGUCUUGGAUCUUGGAUGGAAUUACCAAACCUGAGUAUUAGAGAAUGGGACAUGGCAAGAACAAGAGGAAGAGCAAGUCUCUCGAUUUUACGUCAGAAAAGAGUUACUGUGAGCAGCGUGGGAAAAUAUUAUCGUGAUUAUGUUGCCAUUCAAGGUCUCAGUAAAUAUUUUCUUGAUAAUACUAAUAUCACUAGUGUGAAACUUUUGAGAGAUCACGAGUGCAUUACUGAAAAUGAAGAUUGUCAUGAGAAAUUGCUUUGGCAAGUAGAGGGAGUGAGAACAACUCAAAGGUGGGAUACUAAGGAAGUGUUUGAAGAAAAUCUUUCAUUUGUAACACCUAAUGUAAUAUUGGCAAUGGGAAACUCUGAUCUGCCUAAUAAACUUGGAGUACCGGGAGAGGGUUUUCCUUUUGUUCUUCAUUCUCUGGCUCAGCUAGAAAAUUUAAUUCGUUGUGGAGCAUUAGCUGCGUCCUCUCGAGAUCUGCUUGUAGUCGGUGCUGGACUAAGUGCCGCGGAUGCAAUAAUUGCAGCUCGUUUUCAUGGAAUUUCUGUCAUUCACGUCUUCAGAAGAUCCGUAGAUGAUCCUCAGUUAAUUUUCAAUAAACUUCCAACAAACAUGUAUCCAGAGUAUCACAAAGUACACCAGAUGAUGCACGACACAAACGGAGAACUGUAUGAAGGUUACAAGGCGUAUUCUGAACACACCAUCCAGAAAAUUCUUUCAGAUGGUUGUGUAGUCUUGUCAUCCCGCGGUCAGGUGGACAAAAUCUCUACGGUUUGUGUUUCGUACGUACUAGUGUUGAUUGGAAUGCAUUCAGAUCUUUCCAUUCUUCCUUUUGACGAAACAACUCUCGGAAUUCAUCAGAACAAGCCUCUAGAUUCCAGAACAAAUCCUAUCAAUAUUGAUUUGAUUUCGCACGAAAGUACAACAUAUCCAGGAAUAUAUGCUUUGGGGCCGCUAGUAGGAGACAAUUUUGUCCGUUUUGUACAAGGUGGAGCUCUAGCCAUUACGAAUAGUAUAUAUCACAAGAGAUUAAAAAGUUCUUAAAAUUUUAAAGAGUUUGUACAUAUUUUUAAUUGUUAAAUAUUUGCGAUGCUCUGUACAUUUUUGUUAAUAGUGUUUCUAUUUAAGAAUAAUUCCUCUUUGCAUUCAAUCUCUUGUAAUUAAAAUGUACAUAUUUUUAUAUUGUGUAGACAAAUUUGUCUUCAAAUUCAAUAGAAUUUCAUGAAAGAUCUGCUCUAUUGGUUUUGACUCUUACCAGUAUUAUUUAUCAUUUAUAUUAAAUGUGAAUUAUUUAGAAACUUGCAUACUACAAUUUAUAGUUUUCUGAUCUUUUUUAUAAAAAACAGUAUAAUGUAUAUCAAUUGAUUAUUGUAAAUUUGUGAUAAGAAAGUUUGUUAAUAUGUAAAAUUAGCUCACUUAACCUUUUUUAAGCAUAGAAUACAAGACUGUUAUAUACUUUUGAUAUGUUUAAAUUUGAUAAAGUAAAAAAUUACAUUACAGAUGGAUACUAGUCUAUCUUCAUUGCAUGCCAUGUCCAAUCACCAGGAACAACUAUUUUCCAUUGCAGACACAACCUUUCUUUAGAGGCUAUGUCUCUGCACAAAUAUAUAAAACAGUUUGCAUAUUUGUGCAGAGGCAACAUUUUCUUACUUU